CAAAAUGAUUGUUUACAAGGAGAGAAAGAGAUUCGUAACGCAAGCCAGCUAUCUAAGCAAGACCAGCCAUGCGCGACACAUAAUGAAUGUCAUGAGGCUCAGCGUUAUAUUGGCGACGCACUUUACAAAGGGAUCAAUGACGAAAUCGAAGACUUAACACCUGAGAAGAGAGACACGCUUGUUCACAACCCAUUUCAGCAUGAGGCCCUGCGUGCUCGCCGCCCCACGGUCUGGAUCCCCCGCGACGACCUUGGUAUUAGUGACGAUGAGAUCCGUCGGACACAGGACUUUAGUCAACACAUUUCAAUUAGUAAUAAGGGUGCAGCACUUAACAGCAAAGGACUCGUAGUAUAUAAAAAGAACCCCCCUGACUUUUCGGAGGAGGAUUUAAUGAACCUAUAA